AAACAACUGUGAACGUGAUCGGUAACGUGUGUUACAAUAUACCCUUUGAAGUCUAUUUUUUGUAGUGUUUUUUUUUUUUUGUGAGUGCACAAAAGUCUUUGUGAAUGAAAUAAUACAUGUGAUACAGUUGGAGAAAUAAAAUAUGUAGAUAAAACAUAAAAAAAUUAAAUAAUAAACAGUGUGUUGUCUUAAUAAGAGUAACAAUAAUAACAAUAAUAAAUGCAGUGACGAAAGUCGAUACAAGUGCAGUGAAAAAUGAAAGGCAACCAGCGCCGGAAAAACUUUAAGCAACUGAACAAAAUUUAGUAGCUAAUAAAGAAGUUUAAACUGGCUCCAACCAGCUAGCAACCAGCAAAAAUAUAAAAUAUCUAAUAUUCUUAAAAAUCCAACCAAAAAAAAAACUGAACCGCCAUCAAACGAAAUUCAAAACGAGCCAAUUUGUGGUGUUUAUUAUUUAUUUAUAUGCAAAUUUAUUUUUACAACAACUUGGUAUUAACCUACAAUCGAACCACAACAACAGCAAAAGCCGGGGAAAGAUAAAGAAAAAGCAUCGAAAAGCAAAAGCAGCGCACCUUCUUGGACUUCGACGUCUUUAUUUUGGGAUAUAAAACAGCAAAAACCUACCCCUGCUCACAACCAAACCAAACGCAACAAGAAGAAUUGACAUUCCGCAAAAAUAUUGUCCGCGCGAUUGGAAAGACCUUUUUUCACUGCGGCUCGACCACUUCACAUAUCAUUGGCUUUAUGUGGCCUGACUUGGGCGCUAGCCAGGAGUAAGCGAUCUGUCGGUCGGUCCCGAGAAGAUGGCUCCGCCAAACUGUCUGCUGGCGGUGCUGGCGCUGACGGUUUUCCUGGGGGCCAACAACGCACUGCCUAUCACCUCGCGACCCAUCGAGGGAAAUGUCCAGCGGAUGGUGUGGGAGGAUUGGGUCAACCUGGACCCAGAGCAGAGAAACCUCACCAAGGAGAAGAAGAUAACCGCCAAGUCGAUAUUCACGCUACCGUUUCGCCACUGUCCGCAGGGUCACACGCUGUUCAACCAGCUUUGCAUCCCGCAGUCCAACAUUGAUCCCACGGAUCUGAUCAAGCAGGAACUCAUCCUGGCCGGUGGCUCCAAUGGCAAUCCGCCACCGCCACCUAUUGGAGACUACGACUACGGAGAUGACGAGGAGAGUGAGGAAAUCGUGUACGACCUUUCGGUAAUACCAACAACCAUGCAGGCUGGUAUCCCGCCCAGCGUUGGGGACGGGAAUCAAGCCCUGCCCAGCGAGGAUGCACCACUGAAAUUUAACAUUUUUGAGAAGAAAUUCCCCACGGGCACGGGAGAGUCCGAGGAGGUGCCACUGCCGCCGGACAUGGUGGCUGCAACAUAUGCCAAAAACAUCAGUACCACAGCAGAAACAACAACUAGCACAGCGCCCACGUCAACGGCGACUGUUGCCACACCGGCAGUUCCUUCGGGAGAGCUCAGUAAGCGCACUUCCGGAGGCGAUUUGAUGGCGGCCCCCAGUGAUGCCUUCUUCACAUCGACAACAAUUACCAUGCCCAGCAGCAACUCUACCACCACCACCAACGGGGACGUUGUUGGCCAAGUGGAGGCCAUUGUGUUGCCGACGGAUCAGGCGCACGAUGGCUCUCUGCACCUGGUGACCAGUUCCCUCACCGACAAUGACAGCGAUGACUCCUCUACCACAGUGAAUGGAUUUAACGCGGAGGCGGAUCUGGCCCAACUGCUCAAGGUCGACGCCUUUUUGCCGGCCUACGAUGGCAGCAUUGAGUUGUUGCCGCCGCUUUUCAGUCAUCGCAAGGUGGCGCCGCCGUUGAGCGCAGACCAGGAUGUAAACACCAAACAGGCGGUUGAGGCUGCAGAGAAGGUAGGAGCGGAGCUGAAAGAUGAGGCGGAAGAGGAGGAGGUGACCGCUACGGACAUAGUACCAAGUGAGGAGGAGGAGUAUACCACAGAGAUGGCAACAAACGCAAGAGACACAACUGUUGCGGAGGCGUCAAUGGAUACAUCGCCUGCCACCUCCACCUCCACCUCGGUCCAAUCAUCAUCACAUCCGCCAGAAGAACCCGAGAUAGAUGAACGUGAAAAUCGCCUGGUCUUGAUAAAAUCGAAAGUGCAACCGGUUCAGUUAACGACAACAACUUCGGCAACAGCAACAACUGCAGCUGAUGCUGCUGCUUCGAGCUCCUCAACUGACCGGUUUCACUAUCAGCAUUUUGUCGAAGAUGUUGCCGCCAGCAGUACAACGACGGCAACACCAGAGCCCAGCAGCAGCUCUGCCGGCGAACCGAUGGAGCAGUCCGAUAUGCCGGCGAGUGACAAUGACAAUUUAAUGACAAAUACAAUUGGCGGCCGCGGCGACGAGGAUGAUGAUGGGGGCCAUAAGGCCACCAGUGAAAUUGAUGUCCAACAGGAACUGCGGCUCAUCAACGAGCUGGUAAAGGGCAAGCAGCGAAAGCAUCAUCAGCAACAGAAACAGCAACUUGAGCCAACCAGUACAGAAGCGACUUCGGCGUCAGCGUCACUAUCAUCAACAUCAACAUCAACUGAGGAUUCCACCACCACCACCACCACCACCACAACAGCAACAGCAUACGCAAAUUGGUCAAAGGUGAUGCCGCAAUUAGGCCAGAGCACAUCUGAAUCAGCAGCCACAACAGAGACAGCUGCCACAUCGAGCCAGGUCAUUGAAAGCAGUUCGACAGCAUCGGCAGCAGCAACAGAAGUUAAACAUUUAAGUAUUACUAAUCGUAGCAAUAGAAAUAGUAAAAUAAUAAGAGUAGAUCGGUUGGCCGAAGAGCCUGAAGGAACUGCCGCAUCUGCAACAACUGCAGCAACUGCGGAAUCAGCAGCAACCUCCGCCACGCUUCCCAACAGCAGCAGCAACCCAGAUGGCUAUACGCCUUUCUGGUGGCUACCGAGUAUUGGGUGGCGCCUGGACCGCCAGCUGGAUGGGAAUGGCGAGGAUCAGUCGCUGUUGCUGCGGUUCUUCAGCACAUUUCGCGGUAGCAACACGGCAGCAACCACACGCUAAAAGCAACAUCAGCAGCAGCAACUCCUGGCUCUGGCCAGCGAUUAGAGCCACAGGAAGUAGCUGAGUGCCGUAUAGUCUAGUGCAGCAUAGUGUCGUGUUAGCAACAGCGUUUCAAUGGCGUGUUGAAGUUUGUUCACAGUUGUCUCACCUUUACACUCUUUCCUUUUCUCAGUAAAUAUUUAUUAUCUUUUAAAGUUUUAAUCGAAUGUCAAUUGUACAUAGCAUGUCCGAAACACCUACUUACUACUUAGCAACCACUUUUGCAUUUUUUUUUUGCUUUGGCGUUAUAUCAUACCUUAUUCUUUGUGUUAUUGCAACUGCUUUCUUUUUUAAGUUGUUGAUUUAAUUUUAGGGAAUCUUUUUUUUACAUUACAAUAGUUUUAUAUGUGAGUGCUGCUGUCGUUGUUGCGAGCCUUAGCAAUAUUAAAUUGUGAUUCCUUAGGCAUAUAAAUUGAUCGUUAGACUUAGGCAAUCGUAUUUGUAUACCCAGAAUCUUUUGAUGUAUCUUUUUUUUUUUACUACUAUUAUUACCCUGCUAACCCAAUAUGUUCAUGUAUGUGCGUACAAUUUGAGCAUUUGUUGUAGCUGUCUCAGUGUAUAUACAUUAGUGCAGAAACCUUUGAAGUCAAAGCAUUUUUAAAUCCAAGCAUCUACUAAAACAACACGUGUAUCUAUACUUAGAAUGUAAGCGCAACAGUUAUGCUAAACAUUGUAAACAGAAAUCGAAACUAAAGCCUAAAAAAUAGUGUAAUGCAUGUAUGUAUAUAUUUAUAGAAAAUGCGUUUCGAUCCAUUAACUCAAACGAAUCGAAUCGAAACGAAAAGAAACGAAUCAGGCACCCAAUAUGUUUUUGUCAAUGGAAAUUCAAACAACAACCAAAGUUCAGAAGAAAAACAAAUGCAAAAAACGUCUAUUUUAAUUGGCACAAUAGCGACUGUGCGGCUGGUGCCUUCCUCACAAUUUGAUAGCCGGCCAAAAGUCUGCGGUAAGUAUCCUACUAUGAAUUCGGGUCGAAUAUGCUGGAUUAGCCACAACUUCGAGGGUCACCGCGGGGCGAAACGUAUUCAACCGUAUUUCCAACAGCCACUGGGCUCAAACUUUACGGAGAUUCCUUUAUUGUUUACCUCAACAGUCUGGCCAAAAACUGGACGCUCGACUCUUUCCACUGCGAAUCGGCCAAAUGACAAAAAGACAGACUCAAAAUGAACUAAAUAUUGAAGUGCUGGUCGACAGGUGGACAGAUGAUGGAAGCGUAUUGAUCUGGCCCAAAGAGUUGUCAAAGAGAAUUUCGUUGCACCAGUCCUGGCGAUACACCAAGCAAAAAUAAAUAAAAUAUGAAGUUGGAAGUACAAUUCAUCAUCAUUUCCAUCACAUCAUUUUAGCUCUAAACAACAAAAUUCAGCGGUUUUAAAAUACGAUUUGCUUUGAUGUAUACAUUACAACUCUGUUAUCAGCCAGUGAAGAUCAGCGAAAUAAAUGUACCAAUCAACCAAUUUA